AUGUUUCCAAAAAAAGUCAUGAGAGUCCGGCUCUUCAAACCAAUUCAACAGGCGGGUAGCCUGGCAUUUCUAGUGCAGCAUGUGGUGUCGGCUGUUGAACCACUGGGCGUGACCUGGAUCAAUCCACCUUUCGAUGAUUUGACUGGGAUUUCGCAACGCUUUGCUCUCGGCAGUAAUAUUCUUAUUGAAUGGAGCGUUGGGAUGGCAUACUCCGAUUCCUUGACGAUUGAAAUUUGGCACUUACGACCUGGACCUUGGGACUCAGGAUCGGACCUGAUUGGCACUUUGCUCAAGGACAUCUACUAUUCAUCCGACCUUCUCGUCCAGGAGUGGUGGGACAUCGGGGACCAUGACAAUAUCAACAACUCAAUUCUCCUCGACAGCCGGGAAUUUAGACUUCGGCUCCGUCGAUCUAACGACCCGAACUGGAAAAGUGACAGUGGAAUGUUUUAUAUCCAAGACAAUCCACACCCAGAUGCAUCUUCCAUGACGCCUACGACAUCCACAAUAGGGACAGUCACAGCGCCGGAAACAUUGGCAAACGAGGCUCUUGACAGCAGCAACGAACUUUCCCAGACUGCGAAAACAGGAAUUAGGGUAGGAGUCGGACUUGGCUCUGCUGUACUCAUUGUACUGGCAAUCUUGACAACUAGGCUUUCCAUGAUCCGGCAGAAUAAAACUAAGCAGGCGGACAUCUCUGGCGAGGAUGUCGAGACUCAUGAUGUCGCUAAACUCACCAACACUAUCCUUGUUUCGUUACCAACACAUGAACUGCGGCUAACAAGAGCCCAGCCCAUGAGCUGGUCGCGAACAAAUAUUACCCAGCACAUGAGCUUGCUGGAAAGAAAUACGAGAACCUGGUGGUUGAGUUGCCGGCUGAGCCAAGUGCUCAAGAGGGGGAAGGGAAACCUGGGUCUGAGCCUCCCAGGUCAAGCACUGAGGGAAAUGAUUGCAGUAAAUGGCCGGCCACACUCUUUUUGUGGUGUCAACUUCACUUUCAAACACUGUUGUCAACUGGAGAAUGGGGCUAGGCUAGGUAUUGAUGUAAUGAAUAUGUUUUCAAGCUGGAAUGCAAAGUUACUGCAAGAGAGAGGCUUGCCGGAUUUAGGUAAUAACAUUUCUUCAAAAGGCAAGAUAUCUGGCCUUUAG